AUGACCAGCACGCUCCGAGCCUACAUCUUGAAUCACAGGCGAUAUGGUAUCAUCUUCGACGCGGGUUCCUCAGGAACGCGUCUAUACGUUUACAAAUGGAAGGAUCACGCCAAAGCCAUCAAUAAUGCCUCCAUUGAUGAGCUACAUAGUCUGCCAAAGAUCAAGUUGCAAACGAGCAAGAAGACGCGCCCUGGCGUGUCGUCCUUCGCCGAGAAACCUGAGGAGAUCGGUCGCGAACACUUGCAGUCGCUCAUCGACAGAGCUCUCAAGGAAGUGCCCGCCAGCAAGGUUGCAGACACACCCGUUUACCUCAUGGCCACCGCCGGCAUGCGUCUUCUUCCCGAGCACCAACAAAAAGCCCUGCUAAGGAACAUGUGCUCGUAUCUGCAGCAAAACACUCGGUUCUCGCUACCUGAUUGCAAUACCAACAUUCAAGUCAUAUCUGGUGAAACGGAAGGGUUGUAUGGUUGGCUCGCCACCAACUACCUCUUGGGUGGGUUCGAUUACCCCGACAAGCACGCGCAUGGCAAGGGCCACCACACCUACGGCUUCUUGGAUAUGGGGGGCGCCUCGGCGCAAAUCGCAUUUGCCCCAAAUACUACAGAAGCCGAGAAACACGCCAACGAUCUCAAGCUUGUUCGCCUGCGGACCCUUGACGGCUCGACCGUCGAGCAUCGUGUUUUCACUGCCACUUGGCUUGGCUACGGUGCAAACCAGGCCCGCGAACGAUAUGUCAAUAAGCUUGAGGAGCAGUACGGCAAGCCUGAUGGUCUUGAGCUUCCGGACCCAUGUCUGCCUGCUGGACUACGAACGACCCUCAAAGGCGAACCGGUCGCCAGCGAGUUGGCAGGGAAGGAGCUGUCGCUCCUCGGUACCGGCCAGUUUGACGAAUGUCUUAAACGGACCGAGCCACUACUUGGAAAGGACACGCCGUGUGAAGACCAGCCCUGCUUGCUAAACGGCCAGCACGUGCCAAGCAUCGACUUUGAUGUAAACCACUUUGUUGGCGUGUCCGAGUUCUGGCACACUACGCAUGGAGUUUUCGGAAAGGACCACAAGACGGCAUACGACCUAGCAACGUACCAGAAGAAUGUUGUGGACUUUUGCACCCAGGACUGGUCGCAGAUCGAAACCAACAUCCUUGCCAGGAAAAAGUCCGCUGCUGAAAAAGCUAAAAACGCUCAAGAAGCUUGCUUCAAGGCAUCCUGGCUCAUUAAUGUGUUGUACGAAGGCAUCGGUAUUCCUAGGCCUGGCCUCGAACACACCCCGAACCCUAGCCUGAACGUUACCAAAGAAACCCUGGAGGAUGCGAAGGAAAAGGGGUUUGUUGACCCAUUCCAACCUGUUAACGAGAUCGACGGCAUUGAAGUCAGCUGGACAUUGGGCAAGAUUGUGCUUUACGCGGCAGGCCAGGUCCCGCCCAGAGGCACAGCUCUGCCAGUCGGAUUUGGAAGCAAUGUUGCUGGGGCUACGGACUUUGAGCCGGCGGGCUCUAGGUUCUCACCCGUCACGAUUGAAAACGAUGACGAUGACGACUGGGAUACUGAGCUGUUGGACAAAGCCAAGACCAAGUCGGGUUCCGGCAUUCUGGCCUUCAUCCUGAUUCUGGUAGUUUUUGCCUUCCUCUUGCGCAAGCGUGAUCGCCGGUCUCGCUGGUUUGGUAGGGUUGCUUCUGCCGUGCGGGGAACAAGACGUCCGGGCAGCCCCCGGAAGUUCGGACGGGGCUUCUCCUUCACCAAUAAACUUUUUGGACGGUCGUCGGCGACUUACGAACGGGUCCUUGAGGAGGGCGAUGUGGACCAAUUCGAGCUAGGCUCCGUCGACUCAGACGAGAACGAGCACUCUGACAGCAGCGAGGGCUCUCGGGCUGGCCGGUCCUCGGGACUUGCCACUCCAAAACUCAACAUUGAGCGGUUCGAUGAUGUGCGUCCGCCUUUUUCCAUGGAUCGUGGGGGUUUGGCGGUAAGAACAGAGAGCCGAGAGAGACUUGUACCAAGUGCGGUUAAUGCGGGCCGUCGCAGUCGUGCUGGUAGUCCAACCAGGCUGAAAAGCCCACUUACGAAACCACUAGGUGAGGACUAG